AUGUCAAAUGUCGUGGGAGCUAAAGCACAUCCUUGUUCGAGGGCUGUCUUCACGGUGGAUUCCAAGCUCGUCACUGGAGUCGCACCUGGCGGGGCCACCGCCGCCGCCGAUGCGUGGCGAAUCAAUCCGUCGUGCGAGGGGGGCGCGCGACGUCUCACUCCCUCCGCCCCCAGGGCCGCUCGUUGGGGCCUUACAUUUGGAAUGGAAACAAAUGUUCAGGACGCACUGCUCAUCUAUUGUAUUAACUUUGUUCAUAUUUUUCGUGGCUGCGAGAAGAACCUAAUUUUUGUUAAUCCAUUGUUGGUUAAUUAUAAUUCAUUUAUUAAAACAAUAAAAGAACACGUUUGCAUCAAAUAUGUCAUUUAAUCACUGAAAGUUACAAACACUUCGAGGACAGAUUUAUGAUCAAGACAUGACAUUUACGACAAAGAAGAUUGGCGAACCCACGAAGCUCUAAAAUACUGCAAUAUAUAGGGUGCUUUUCACUUCC